AGCCAAUAACUCCAUGUCAUCAACAUCUUCCGUCCCAACGAACAGUGCCAGUUUGGCCAAAGCUGAACGUCAAGUAAAGAUCCCUAUACAAACAGUUGACUGCAGAGAACUCUCAUGAGAAGUUUGACGAACGGCGGGUUACAGUUCUAAAGUCACAGAUAAUUCAGCUCGAAAGACAGGUAUAACAGUGUAAACAUACAUUAUAAAAUCUUUCACUGAUAUAGAAACAUCAGCAGAGUUAGGUAAAGUGCCACAAAUUUUGAUUCAUAUUAUGCUGAGUGCUCACAGGAACAGUUCCUUUUAAUGUUUCAGAUCUGUUAUGUCUCCUGCACUUAAAGCAAGCCCUCUACAGACUGGGCUAAUGCAGCACUCAAAUGAAGGGUGUUAUUCCAAUUAUUAUAAUAGAAACCCAGAGUUUGGCUGGAAAUGUUAACGUAUGAAGGUUCUGGUUGUCUGUUUGUGACAUUGAUAUUGGGAUAACAGGCCGACUAACGUGUGCAUUUUGUAUACAGUAGUGUUAUUCACUGCUAUACUAUGAACUAUUAUUGGAUACACCCUACUGAGUCAAUGAUUGUUUGUUCUUAUUUGUGGAACAAAUACAGUCAAACCUUGUUAUCUCAAACAUGAUGGGGCUAAGAAAAAACUUUAAAGCUAGAUGUGCUGUAUUGUUUGGAUAUUAUCAGAGGAAUAAAAAGCAUGUAUUUUAUAUCAAGCUAUAUAAGUUAUACACUUUCUGCAAAUUAUGUAAUUUAACUCAAUUGGAUUAAAUAUUAAUCAAGCUAAUUUCCUACUUAAUUAUGUAUUCUCAGAGUCGGAUAGUGAAUGCCCCAUUUUGAAAUAUUUAUUAUCAAGUGACAUUGCACGCAGAAUUUCGAAAGUAAACAACUAAAAGGCCUGAAAAUAUGUAUGGCCUGCAGGCUGUUGACAGGACACAUUUAGCGAUACAGACAGUCAGACGGAAAACAGGGUAUAGAAAACCGCUUUGAGCAAUAGAAAGGGAGUUAAAUUUAUGUUUAAUGUGAAAUACCAUUCAAGAUGACUAUAUACUGUAACUCCCACGAUGUUUCUAAUGAUAUUUUCCUCGCACACAUGCACACAACCACCAUAAACAUCACUCCCUCAUAGAUAUGCACUAGAAAAUCAUCAUUUUCUCCUUACAUUCAGUAGACUAGUACAUGUAUUAAAUUUAUAUAUGAGAUGAAGUCAAUGAAUCUACCAUUUAUGACUCAGAUAAUCAUUGUUCUUAUCUGAUAUUUCUAGAUUUUGUUGAUGUCCGAGACAAUUGGAAAUAGAACAUUCACAUUGACGGAAGUAGAAAAUGCCCUAAUACAAAUCACAGACAAAUGGAGGUACUACAUAGGGUUAGAGGUCAAAGGUCCAGAGGUCAGUGUUCCAAGAUCAGAAUUAACCCAGAUGGUUCAUGUUGCUGAGUCUGCAAGAAUCAAAUUGCACAAGAACUUGCAGAUCUCAUCACAUGAAAAGAUGUUUCAACCAUUUUUGUGCAUGAGUGAUUUUCUCAAGCCUCAGAUGGAAGAGGAAAUGACUUUAUUUGAUGUUGCCUCUGGAAAGCUUGAUCACCUUAACUUGAAACAAGUGACUAAGUUGGAAACAAAGUUGGCAUCACUAUACAGGGAGAUGAUUCACUUACACGAAAUUCUGGAGCCUGACAUGGAAGAAAAGCAAGAUGUCAAAGAAGAACAAGUGACAUCCUCUAGUCACAUAGCAUCCGCCGUCAGGAACCGAUUCAAAACGCGUUUGUUGAAAUCCUGUGCAAUGGUGAAGGAUUGCUGCGGCGAUUUGCUGUCUCUCUCCCUCUUAUAUCCAUGUGCACCCUGGCCUCCUUUGAAAAAAAGCGCCAUCAAAGAUGUUACAGCAGUACAUGUGAUGAAGUCAUUUCCGCCAUUACCGAAAUCCAAAUCCGCUGAUGUACAAUCUGUUGUAGAGGCUCUUGUUAGGACGUUUAAUUACAAGAAUCAAAUGACCCAGCAGGAAAUAAAGUGUCUGCGAGAUGAAGUGAAAUUUCACAAGUCUGUUUAUGACUUGCAGCUGUCUUAUAUCCAGUCUUUGUUUUCUGUUAUAAGGGAUGGAUACAGAUCGUUCCAGACCUCCUGUCAUGAAAUUAUAGCAAAUCCUUUCCAAGAAGUGUUAGAAGCUUACACACAGUUCAAAGAAGAGGCUAGUGAAGAUGGAUUUAAAACUUUUAUACUAAAGUUUGAUAAAUGCUACGAGAAGGUUGAUCAUGCUGUUUCUCAGAUUUGUGUCUCGGAGGGUGAAGAGUUUUCAGAAUUUGGAGAAACAUUUCUGAGGGACUUGGAUAAAAAGAUCAGCCAUCGUCAAAAUGUGCGCGAUAAGGCUUCGAGAGAAAGAGAGGAAUUACGAGCAGAACAAGAAAGGCUUGAAAACGAACUUCGAUCUUUUCUAGACGAGCAAGAACUGAAAUAUAAAGAAUAUUUUAAAACGGAACCGGAACCUGAGGCCAUUCCACCUGCUAAAGACGAGGUUGUGAUUUUUAUGAAACCAUCGGACAUUUCUUCAGUACAGAAACAGAACAACGUGGUUGUAGUUGAAUCAGACAUGGCCGAUUUAAAUCUGAAUGCGGAUCGAAAUUCGAAUCUCGAAUCGGACAGAAAAACGAAAUCUAGGAACAGCAUGCAUUCGCACAGAGAAUUCGAGUCCAGUAAAGUGAACGAAUCCCACUCGGAUUCAAAAGACGAUAUUACUGUGACUAGUGAAUCUCCAGCAUUGCCUCCACAGGGAAAGGGGUCUAAAAAGACCAAAAAAUUAGUACCCAGUGCUUUUGUACCAAAUAGAACUCUUCAUUUACGGAGGUCAGGAAGUUUAAGUAGUAUUGACAAAUCUGUUUUACCUAACGGGAAACUGAGGCCGAUAGAGACCGAAAAGGAGAAGAGUUUCGCGACAGAUACCAAGAAGGCGGAAGGAACUACAUCUGUUAAAGAACAUCCAAAAAAGAACCGCUCUUCCUCGAGCAAAAGGACUCCUUUUUAUUAAACUAGAUAUGAGUCAUUGCAUUUACUUCAUGUAUGUGACAUGCAUUUUUAAAGAAAGAAAAAACUGACCUACUUACUACCAUUAAAAUGUCAAAAUUG